CUUCUCUCACUCGGCCAUCCACCUACUUCUCUCACUCGGCCAUCAAGAAGCCCUUUUGUGAAGUUGCCCUCCAGACGAGAGAAUCCCUAAAAAGGCCCUAUUUUCCUCUGCCACUCUCAAUCCUCCCAGCCAGGGAUGGGUGACAAGAAGAAGAAGGCUGCUUCAAUAUUCAUCAGGCUUGUCUCAUCUGCUGGCACUGGAUUCUUCUAUGUGAAGAAGAAGAAUCCUCGGAAAAUGGUAGAGAAGCUCGAGUUCCGGAAAUAUGACCCUCGGGUAAAUCGUCAUGUUCUGUUCACAGAGGCAAAGAUGAAGUGAAGGAGAAUCCUCUUUGUGGUAUCUCUCUCUGUUCUGAGUCAGAUUCACUGGUGUACUACUUUUUGAAGACAAUUUUCAUAUCAAUUACAGCAAUAAUUAUCACUGAUGUUUUUUGGUUUAGCAUAUAUUUUUUUAUGGGUAUUUUUUAUUUAGCAUAUUGAUUAUCAACUCUUUCUUUUGUGUGGAUGACUUGAUCUCUUGAUAGCCAUCUUUCAUUGUGGGUUAUGCUGUUUCUAAGACAUGGCUCACAGUUUGAAAUAGUGAGGAUCUUCAUGGGUUAAUUGCAGCCGCAUGUCGUGGUCUCAA